CUAUAUUUAGAUAUCUCGAUUUACAUGAGGUCAUUCAAGUAAAAUGGUUGAAUAGAGGAGGACAUUUAAACGGUUUAGUAAAGUAUUGUAAGAUAUUGAUUAAGAAAAUGGCGGCCCUCUCGGGUCACAGUCUGACGUGCCCUCAGGAUCGGGAUGGAUGGGACGCCGCUUCUGCGGGGUUUACCUGCACCCCGCCCACAGUGUACCACUGUCUGAAGACAGCAGACGACAAAUACGUAGAAAAAUGCCUGGAUAAAACUUGGAUUCAGCCAGAUAUGUGUCCAGAAUACAACGGGAACCUGCAGAUAAUAGACGCUGACCAGUGUGUUGGAGAUUCUACCGAAUGCCCGGAUGCUACGUACUGGUCAAACGCCGUUUACCUCUACCCAAAGUGUCUACAGAACUCCACACACGACCCGCCCUCAUAUUUCACUGUCACCCCACAGUCAUCCAACACCACGUCUACUGACCCCACCGGCAGCACCGACCUUGACCUGCAUGCACUACUGCCGUUCAUCAUUGGGGGGAGUAUUCUCCUCAUCCUGAUCAUCGUUCUGGUGUUUAUAUGUGUUCUAUGUCGACGAAAGAGAUCACGGCGGAAAGGUCGCAGACACGAGAUCAAGAUUGAAUACACCAAGAAACAAGAGACUCACUGGGAUGAUUUGAUAACCUCGGAUCUUGUUAAUGGAAAUAAUGUAAGCGACGCCGGAUCUCCCAUUGAUGUGGAGAAACAACCCUUUCUGAGAAGCAGUUAUAGGACCUCUGCUCCGUUAGAUAACAUACACGUGUAUGUCGGGAACGAUUCAGACAAAAUAGCUGAGACUUACGAAUCAUUAGUCUACGACAAUAGAUACGACAAAUGCCAGUUUGUGAAAAACAUGUCCGAGUUUAAAUUAGAUGUGUGGACUAAAGUGUUCUUUUUCCAGGAGAUAUUUGCAAAUGUAGAUAAUAGAUCAGACAUAGAAGCGCUGCGCGAGGCUUUUGAUAACAUAUAUACUGCUGCAAACCAACAGCCGUCGUCGAAAUUCAUUCUGGAGAUGCCGCUGAAUGUGUGGUCGGAGCAUAAAGAAUAUCUACAAGAAAAACCCUUAUUCAGUGAACGGUUUAUUUUCAUUGUCUAAGAAAUUUCUGUAAAUUGUGGACAUACAAUGGCAAAAUCAUUAGAUCAGAUGCAUGAUUGAUUUUAUAAUUUGUUUUUACCAUUAUAUAUUUUAUGAGAGAUUUGCUGUUAUAUAAAUAUUAAUUAUUGUGACAAAUUAAGAAAAUUCGUACACGAUCCAAUUGAUAUGUGAUCUUGUUUACAAUAUAAAAUAGGUUUUAAUCUUUUAUAUAAUUUACAGAUUAUUGGGUAAAAAAAAAUGUAACAUGCAUGUAUUUUCAUGUAGAUAUUCUGGAAUCUUUUUGAAAGGAAAUGAAUAUAAUGUAAUAUUUAGUACUCCUUUGCAAAAAUCUUCACACUAAUGAAAAUCGCAGGUAUACUUUACUAUAUCUUGAGAAAUUUGUGUUUAUGAUUUAAAACAUUUUACAUUCCUCUAUGUAAUUUUUGUAGGUGGCUAAGCAUUUUAAUGUCAAACUUUAGUUUAUAUGUAUAACUUUAUUUUGUGUGUUUUGAUUUUGCGUAACUUACAAGUGUCAAAUAUGAUUUUUUUUUUUUGGUUUUAAAAUUUAUUUUUUAAUUUGUUUGAUUUAAACAAUUACAAAUGAUCAUUGAUAACAUAUAAUUGUAUACAUGUGCAACUGUUAAGAAAAUCCAGGAUCUUCAAACAUUAUAUAAUACCUGAGGUUUUUGUGAUGGAAGAAAGUCAAUUCCAAUGACAUGUCUUUCCUUUCUCUCUGUAUUGGUUGUCUAUGGAUAAUGAAGAAAAUUAAAUAAAAA